AUGGAAAAAGACCCCACCAAAAUUGUAGAAGUCCUUGCUGAAGGCAAUGUGAAGAUAAGCUGUUGGGGUGUGAUAAAAUUCUUGCAAAUAUUUCAAGAGAUGCCUCACCAAAGAAUUCAGCCAGAAGUGGAUAUCCACCUCUUGCUAUUAUCCACUGUGAAGCUGAAUUUUAACGACAGGGAAAUGGGAUGCAACAAUGAGUAGACUUAAUUACAGCUCACUAGGAGGACCCUUCUUUGAUUUGGGUUCAGUUAUUGGAGCAAAAGGUCAGACACAUGCAACAAAAGCUUGUUUGGGUGCAGUCAGGAACAAAGUGCCACUAA